AAUCCCUGAACAGCAAGCGCACACGCCAAACACAAGGAUAACGGGGUUUUAUUUUUAGCGAAGACGACGUUGAACUGUCAUCAUCGUGUUUUUUUUAUAAACGGUGAGUGUUUGGUGCAGGGGAAACCAAGCAACGCGCCAGUGGGAGAUAAAUAAAUCAGAUUAAAGCCGGAAGAGUGCGGUGCUGCGGGCUCCUUCUGAUUGUCAGUGUGCUGUUGGAAAGCGGGGGGCGAAAUCUGUUGGGAGUCAGCCUGGAACGCAUUGAGUACCCCCCCCCCCAACACCCUCCCUGGGCGGACGAUUCUGGAUCUCAUCCCCCAGUCAACGGUCUCGCUAGAAACGCCUGCAUGUUAAUCGUGACUGUUCCAGUCGAACAGAAAACCGCUGGUGACCCAUUAAAACAGAUGCUAUUCCGGGCGCUGCUGACUUCUUCCCGUUCCUUUGCUCCGAACUCUUCGGGAAGGGCAAGAAAAGGACUGAGUCGAUGAAAAUCUCGUGAGAGAAGCCAGAAGUAAAUGUUUACCACCCCCUCCAAAAAAAAAUUAGUGCCAAGCGCAUUCUACAUUCUCACUCACCCCCCACCUGCACACACACACACAGACUCUCUCACACACACACACUCUCUUUAACACACACACACACAUUCUCUCUCUCUCACACACACACACACACAGACACAGUCCUGGCUCGCUUCAGUCAGCCGCUAAGUCCUCAAAGCUCAUCCCAUGACGUAAAAGAAAAAAUCAAGAGAGUGGUCGAGGGCAAGUGAUUUUCCGAUGCAACUGAACAUCCCAAAUGUGCUGGUGCACUGGCUGAAAGCAGCAGCCUCGAACGGUCCCUGCAGCUUGGGGGUGAGCUAGAGGCAGACUUUCCACAGCCAUCAUUGAAGAGGCAGAGAGACAGGAGGAGAGAGAGAGCGGGAGGGGGAGCGAGCUGCAUUCUAAAGAUUCACUUACAUUCUUAUCACGUCGGCAUUUUCCUCAGACUCUUCAACAACGGGAGUGAAGGCAGCUCGAGCAUAUCCUCAACUCUUUUCACUUCUUGAACUAAAAUCGGCUACGGACGUCAUUGCAUCUCCAGGAGCUCCCCUACGCCUAAUAGCUGCUGUACCUCUAGCUGAACAGAGGGAAAGAAAAAGGAUGUUCUGGAUAACCCUUUUAAGCACAAUAGCUCUAGGAUGGAGUACGUCGAUUCCACUGAUGGAGGACUCGAAAGAGUUAGAUGAACCUUGCAUUGAUCCAUGCUACUGCGAAGAAAAGGAGAGUCUUUUGCAAAUACACUGUGAAAGUAAAGGUUUUACAAAUAUUAGUCAGAUAACCGAGUCGUGGAGAAGACCGUUUAAACUUUACCUACAAAGAAACUCUAUGAGGAAACUCUAUUCUAACGGGUUUCUGUUUCUAACUAACGCAGUAUCAAUUAACCUUGGAAACAACGCACUGCAGGACAUUCAGGCAGGUGCCUUUAAUGGCAUGAAACUUCUGAAACGCUUAUAUUUACACGAAAAUAAACUAGAGGUUUUUCGAAAUGAUACAUUCUUGGGUUUGGAGAGUUUGGAGUAUCUGCAGGCCGACUACAACGUGCUGAAGAGGAUUGAUGGCGGUGCAUUUAGGAACCUCAACAAACUGAAAGUGUUGAUUAUCAAUGACAAUCUGAUACCCCUUCUACCGCACAAUCUCUUCAGGGCAGUUUCCUUAACCCACAUCGAUCUGCGUGGUAAUAGGUUAAAGUCAUUGGCUUACGCGGGGACACUAGAAUACAUUGGCCGGCGCCUCAUGGAGAUCCAAUUGGAGGAGAACCCGUGGAACUGUACAUGUGACAUUGUGCCAUUGAAAUCUUGGCUAGAAAGCAUACCGUACACGGUUCUUGUCGGGGAAAUUACGUGUGAAACACCAUUCCAUCUCCAUGGCAAGGAUUUGAGGGAGAUCAGGAGAAGUGAAUUGUGCCCGAUUCAUUCAAGUGUGGAGGUAGAGGUCAGCUUGGGAAUCCCACAGCUUGUUUCCAGUAACGACAAUGCAUGGCCUACCAAACCUUCCUCUAUGUCUUUAUCAGUGACAUACACGGCCUCUUCUGUUGAAUACAAGACAUCAGGUAAAUUACCAAAAGCAACCAAGACUCCAAACACUUUAAAAGCACAGCCAACUCUACGCAGCGUUUAUUCGGGACAAAAUCAGCCUAUAGUUGCAGGCUAUCAGACCAGGCCACCCAUCCCUAUUAUCUGUCCCACGGAAUGUUCCUGUAGCUUACAUAUCAAUGAUUUGGGAUUGACAGUACAGUGCAAAAAUAAAGCGAUCCAAAAUAUGUCUGAAUUAAUACCAAGGCCGCUGAACGCUAAGAAGUUGUAUUUAACUGAGAAUCUAAUUCAGAAAAUCUAUAGAUCAGAUUUCUGGAAUUUCUCCAGUUUGGAUCUUUUGCAUUUGGGGAGCAACAGUGUGUCAUAUAUUCAAGAUGGUGCUUUCAUGAAUCUUCCAAAUUUAAAAACCUUGUAUUUGAACAACAACGAAAUCGAACGUCUCACCCCCGGCAUGUUCAGAGGGCUGCACAGUUUAGAAUACCUAUAUUUUGAAUACAAUAUCAUAAGGGAAAUCCAACCAGCGUCUUUCAGCUUGAUGCCCAAUCUUCAGCUAUUGUUCCUCAACAAUAAUCUUCUCCGAACUCUACCCACGGACGCUUUCACGGGCACCUCUUUGGGUAGGCUGAACCUGAGAAAUAACUACUUUCUGUAUCUGCCGGUGAGUGGAGUGCUCGAGCAUUUGGACUCCAUUGUACAGAUCGAUCUGAACCAGAAUCCCUGGGAUUGCUCGUGCGAUUUGAUUGCUCUCAAGCAGUGGGUGGAAAAGAUCAGUACAGUUAAACUGAUUGGCAACGUGCUGUGCGAGACACCGGAGUUCUUAAGCGGGGUGGACCUGAAGAUGGUCGACUACGAGGUGUUAUGCCCCGAACUGAAACAUGUCGCUGCCUCUCCGGCCGUGCCCGGCUCCGAGGGAAAUGGUAAUGUGAUUUCUACAACCACAGGGUUCGGCUUCUCUUCGCAAGGUGGCGCCAUUCCUCUUUCAGUCCUGAUCCUGAGCCUUCUGAUAAUUUUCAUUUCAGCUGUAUUUAUUGCCGCGGGUCUCUUCGCUUUCGUGCUUAGGAGGCGUAAGAAAUCGCCCUUCAGGAGACGGCAGGACGUAGACCUGACUGGUAUGCAAAUGCAGUGCAGAAUCUUCGAGGAGAGAGCUGCCAACUCACCCGAGAAAGCGGCCAGCCACGUUUACGACUACAUCCCCCACCCCGUCACUCAAAUGUGCAACAAUCCCAUCUAUAAACCACGUGAGGGUGAAAUGGAGGAGGAAUUCGCAGAGACUCAGGAAAAUAAUACUAAUUACAAAACUCUGGAGAAAGACAAGGAAUGGAAAACGUCACUGUCUAACAGCAACCUUAAUACCAUAGUAACGAUCAAUCAGACUAACGAUUUUGCAAAUUUUCCAGAAAAUGGGGUUAUUUAUCCCAGUGUGUUGGACAGAGAUAGAGCAGCUCACACGGUUGGCUUUGUGGACUGCCUCUAUGGCACCGUGCCCAAGUUAAAAGAGCUACAUGUCCACCCUCCUGGCAUGCAAUAUCCUGACUUACAGCAAGAUGCCAGGUUUAAAGAAACGAUUCUUUUUGGCUCAUCUGGACGGGGAUAUCCUGACCAAACCCAGAGCGAAUACCUCGAGUUAAGGGCCAAACUUCAAACUAAGCCAGACUACCUCGAAGUACUAGAGAAGACAUCAUACCGAUUUUAGAUAUCAUACCAACAGAAACGAACCCCUAAACACAGCAUGUUUUAGAAGGUAAAGGGAAAUUAUCCGCCAUCCCCUCAUUAGGUUGCUUUGGACGAAAGGCCAUAUUCAAAUCAUACUCAAUGAAGUGCCUUUGCAGACUUUAGCCAGCAAUGAUAUCAAUCAUAUUUUUUUAUGGUAACGAGAACUGACUGUGCCGUCUGUAGUCAUAUAGAGGGCUGGUUAUCGACCGUCAUAUAAAUAACCCUAUUCAUUACUGGCAGCGACUUUGUUCACUUUAUUUGGCAGGAAGUGAUGGCUCUCUCUUGCUCUCUCCCUCUCUCACCCAAAUGAACGUCGAGAGCAUAAUCUGUGAAACAUUGACUGCAGUCUUGCUGCAUGUGUAAAGCUGCCGGGGUAUAACUCGCUCAAAUGACAAGAAGUUAACUUGGUAAUUAAAGUGACUGCAACGCUCUAUCGUUCAGUGUUAUUUAAUUUUUUUAUAUUAUAUAUAAAUAUAUAUUAUAUUCAAGAGAGGAGUAUUAAAAAAAACUCUACGACGCAUCUAAGGAUUUCAAUUUGUGAAUAUGACGCCAAGAUUUUAUUAUAAACAAUGCACUUUCUUAAAAAAAGCUCGUCAAUGUUCAUGCUUAUACCACUAACAGCUUUGUAAGAAGCACUUUUAAUGUUUUCUCUCUCUCAAACACACACAAAGAUUUCGAAGUGUGCAUAUUUAUUCUGUAAUUUCUGUGAACAAUCAUUGUAAAGGUAAUAAUGUUAACUCAAUGUAGUGACUGCGUCUGGUAAAGCUUUCAUAAUAAAAAGGUGAUAAACUAUGCAGUGACAUGUAGAGAUUGUAUGUGAAUAGAACGACA